UUACACUCAGUAUCCUCUAUCGCCUAGCUGCCCGACAACAUCAUUUCCAAGGUUCUCCUCGAGAAUAGUCUUAACCAGAACCAAACCUAUCCGGGCCAGCACCAUCACCCAGCACCACGUCUCUCCCCUUGGCACCUCGUGACAUUCGACAUCAUCCAUCUCUCACUGCGGCGUUCCCGGUCCCCUAUGAAAGCGAUGCUCGAAUCCCUGCAUCACCUCGCCUCCCUCUACCACAGCGCCACGCAUCUCCAACAUACCUGGAACGACGCGCACUCCGAGAUGAACAGCAACUUGUAUGACCGCUGUAUCGAGACCGUCGAGUUUCUGCGACUGAAACUCCCGGAGAAGCUCGCUCGACCGCGUGUGGCCAUCGUCUGCGGAUCCGGCUUGGGCGGUCUGGCGGAGGCGAUCAACCUCGACGAAAUGGAAUCAUGGAACUACAGAGAUGUUCCGAAUUUCCCUCAGAGCACAGUGCCAGGCCACGCCGGGAGACUGAUUUUCAGCACGAUGGGAGAGAAGAAGACUCCUGUCAUGUUAUUGGUGGGGAGAGCGCAUUUCUAUGAAGGGCAUUCUAUGUCACUGGUCACGUACGCCAUGCGGGUGUGCAAACUUCUCGGAGUCGAGACGGUGCUCCUCACAAAUGCCGCUGGUGGCUUGAAUCCCGACUACAACGUUGGUGAUAUUGUAUGUCUCAACGAUCACGUCAACCUUGCCGGACUCGUCGGCUUCCAUCCUCUAAUAGGGCCAAACGAGGGCGAGUUCGGGGUGAGAUUUCCGCCCUUGUCGGACGCAUAUGACCUUCAACUCCGGCAACUUGCGCAUCGUUCAUGGCGCGAGCUACGAUCAGGAUCGUCCAACGAUCGUAAGAUGCACGAAGGUGUCUAUGCAUUUGUUGCUGGUCCUUCAUACGAGACGCGGGCCGAAUGCCGGAUGCUGCGGAAUCUGGGCGCAGAUGUCGUCGGCAUGUCGACGGUUCCCGAGAUCAUUGUCGCUAGGCACAGCGGCAUGCGUGUAUUGGCGUUUUCCCUGGUGACCAACAAGGCGGUUCUCGAACCGACUGUGCGUGGAGACGACCCAGAGCUCGAGGGCAUGACUCCAGAUGAGUUGAAGGCACAUCUCGCGCGGGGUAUGGCGAACCACGAGGAAGUGCUCGAGGCAGGCAAGCAGGCUGCGAUUGAUAUGCAGGGUCUUGUCCUGAAGGUGGUUGCGGAAUUGUGAAGGCAUUGUCGCCCAUCCGCAUCAAUUUUGUUGACUUGUCAAAGCGCGGAGCAAAGCAUUGCAGGCGCACUUGAGGACUUCACCUUCAUCCCGCAGAGCUUUUCUUGAAACCACCCUGUCGCUGCGCUUUGAGCGCCUUAUAGAACGAUUUCUUGCCACUGGUAGUUUUCUGUUGAAGUUCACCAUACUGCCGCUUGAAACGUUUCGUUUCGUGCUCGCCGGCAAGGACCUCCUCCACAAGAGUCCGCUUUCUCUGCUUGUUGUCAAGCCGGCCGGAGUAGUACUCUGUCGCGCCCUCCACAAUGGUUCCCACCUGACUGAACUCAGGCGCCUGCAUCUUGCCGUUAUCCUUUUUGUAUUGGCGGUGUGGGUCCAAGACACUUCGCAUCUUGAUGAGCUGAAGAUCGCGUUUAAGUUCUGGAGUCAAGUCUGUACGAGGCAUGUCGAACCAUC